CCAGAAUGUAUCUUCUCAAGUCCAUGCUGGUGGCCAUAUCUGCCAUUGCAUCCUGCAAUGCCCUCCCAUCCCUCCAGACACGAGACAUCACCACCCAACAACUAGACAGCUACAGCUUCUGGGUCCAAUACGCCGCCGCUGCCUACUGCGAACCCAACUAUGUCUCCAAAUCCGGGCACAAGCUAACCUGCUGGGCCGGGAACUGCCCGCAAGUCGAAGCCGCCGACGCAACCAUCCUCUUCGACUUCUCCAACACCACCUCCACCGACACAUCCGGCUUCCUCGCCCUCGACACCACCAACCAAGCCAUCAUCCUCUCCUUCCGGGGCUCCUACUCCAUCCGCAACUGGAUCGCAGACGCAACCUUCCUCUACACGGACCCCAAACUCUGCACCGGCUGCCAAGCCGAGCUCGGCUUCUGGAGUUCCUGGACCAACGUCCGCGACAACAUCACCUCAAUCCUCGUCCCCACACUCGCCAAAUACCCCGAAUACGAGCUCGUAGUCGUCGGGCACAGUCUCGGCGCCGCAAUCGCCACUCUCGCAGCCGCGGACCUCCGACACGAUGGUCACAAGGCGAAUCUCUACGCGUAUGCCUCGCCGCGCGUAGCAAACCCGACAUUAGCCAAGUAUAUCACGGAUCAGAACCUGGGGGGCAAUUAUCGGUUUACACAUACGGAUGAUCCCGUGCCGAAUCUUCCGCUGCAAUUGAUGGGGUAUGCGCAUGUUAGUCCGGAGAUUCAUAUCACGGCCAAGGGGAAUGCGUCGGUUUCGACGAGUGAGGUGGUGGUUUAUCGGGAUGGGGAUGAUCCGAAGGGGAAUACGGGGUUUUGGGUCUGCCGAAUUUAUUGGAUGUCGAUGCACAUCAUUGGUAUUUUGAACGCGCUGAUGGGUGUUUGGGGCCGGGGAUGCCGUUUAGAUGAUUUGGAGAUAGAUCUUAUCAUCAUGGGGAAGGGGGUGGGGGGCUCGUGUGAGAGGUAUAUAUAA